AUGGGGAAUCAAAACUCGCAGAUGAUAGACAGCAUCGUUUCCGGGUCGAAUUUCGACCGGGACGAGGUUGACAGGUUAAGGAAGCGGUUCAUGAAGCUGGAUAAGGACAACUCGGGAACUAUCGAGCGAGACGAAUUCCUGUCGCUCCCACAGGUCUCCUCCAAUCCACUCGCAACGCGAAUGAUUGCAAUCUUUGACGAGGAUGGCGGUGGUGACGUCGACUUCAAAGAAUUCGUCUCCGGGUUGUCCGCUUUCUCAUCCAAAGGAAACAAGGAAGAGAAGCUACGUUUCGCAUUUAAGGUUUACGAUAUUGAUCGUGAUGGAUAUAUCUCCAACGGAGAACUAUUUAUCGUAUUGAAAAUGAUGGUUGGCAGCAAUUUGAAGGAUCACCAACUCCAACAGAUCGUUGAUAAAACAAUCAUGGAAGCCGAUGAAGAUCAAGAUGGGAAGAUCAGUUUCGAGGAAUUUACAAAGAUGGUCGAGAAUACAGACGUCUCUAUGAGCAUGACUUUGGAUUCCAUUUAA